UCUUCAGCGUCAUUCCCAGUUUUGGUGAAGAUGGCAAUUUCAUUGCUUUCUUGACGACCUUGGACACCGAUUUGCAUCUACUGCAGAAUCACACAUUUUUUUUGCUCUGGACCCAAUAGGGCGCAUUUGGCCCAAGCCCGUGUUCAUCGCAGCAUUCUCUUGUGUGAUUGGCCCUUGGGGGAGGCUGAGAAAGAGACUUUCGACGUGUUUUUGGAGGAUCAAAAUGGACGCAACAUUGGACAGGUUCGGACGAGAAGAAAACCUGGCAUGGUGAAACAGUAUCACUCAGUCGCCUGUGCUCGCGAUGCUUACGUCUCAAGCUCCCAUCCCGAAAAUUACGGGAGGACGGUCAAAGACAUGGUGCAGUGGCUUGAAUUUUCUCUGUUGCAUGGGAUCGACCACUUUUUUGUCUACACCUUCAAGGGAACCGAGGAUGCCGUCAAGGAAGUCCUGAUGCCCUACCUGAAAGCUGGCUUGGCCACAAGGAUCCAUGUCGAUGUGCCGCAGUAUCCACGAGAUAAAAGUUUGGAUAUGUGCGGUCGGCAUUUCGACUGGGUGAUUCGUGAUUGCCUGUGUCGGGCCAAAAGCCAUGCCACUUGGGUCAUCCCUUCCUUUGACUUCGACGAGUACUUCCACCUCAACAAUGGCAAUAUGUUUCCAGAUGGCAAGAUUCCACAAGAUUAUUUGAGAACAGGUUGGGAUGCCAUCGCUCGAUUUCACAACAAAAGUCCUGAGGAAAUUCACAGCAUUUCCUUCAAACGAUAUCAUUUUGCUCGUUCUGCGACUGGCACGUUGGAGAUUGCUUCGCCGUGGCGUGAGGCGCAUCUGCAGGAACGGUUGGGGCAACCGGACACCGUGGAGGCGCUGCCGAAAUACGUCUACAACGUGCAUCUGGCGAACGACGCCUGGUGGCAUUGGCUCAAGGACUUCGACCCCAAAACAAAGCGUUCUUUGGUGAUCCCAAUGAGUCCGGACAUAAUGGCCACCGUGGUGUCCUCUGUGCCGACCGAACACAUUUCGCUCAACGAAAGCAUCGGCUACGUCCAUCACUAUCGCAUUCCCCACGGAGAUCCACAGGCCAAAACCUACGACGACCACUUGGUCUCUGACGCUGACAAGUUGACAGAAGCCAUUGAACAACGAUUUGGACAGAAACUUCCAGCUUUACUCAAGCGAUUCAGUGAGGCUUCUCCACAACCGGCACAGUACUUGGUGGUCUGCUAGUAGGUGUUGUGAUGUUGAGCGCGCCGGGACCUUGGACGAAG